AUGAUUAAUCGAGACGCUGGAUUCUAAGAUCUGGAAAGCGGAAUUCUGAGCAAUAACAUCUCAUCAGUGCAGUUGUUCGAUAUCGAUUAGUCAAGUCCUAAUGUUGGUAAUAAAUUAGAUCAAAAACUUGAACUUUCUUAAUUAUAAUAACUGGAAGCUCUAAAAUUGAAGAGAGAUAUUUUUGAUAACACUCAUAAGUAAGCCAUAAACCAAGGCCAUAAGGCUGAUGUAAAUGAAGAGGAUUGUUUAAUGAGUAACUUAAGUGGUAAAAGAAGUGAACCAUAAGGUUCUAUAAGUUCAAUAAGUUAUAAUUUAAAAAUACAAAAGCCUUUAACAUUAAACUCUAAAUAAAAUAAAUCUAACAAAUCAAUUUAAAUUUAAAAAAAAUCGGAUCAAGAUGACUUUAUUAUUGCAUCUCCAGUUCGGAAUAAUGGAACUAAAAACGUGGGAUCGAAAUCAGAUGCCAAAGUAGUCAAAUAUUAGACAUUUGUACAAUAGUUAGAAGAAAAAUAAGAACAAAACGAAAGAACCAAACUAGCCCAAAUUAGAAGAGAUACCGUAAAAUAGGCAUCCUUGAUUUAGAGAGGAAAAAGCAAAGAAAUAAAGACUGGGUAUAGAUUUGAUUUAAGUUUUAGUUUAAAUGAAGUUUGGACUUAAAAGGGGUUCAUAAUAAUUAGAUUAGUUACCCGUUUUAUUUAAUAAUUAAAAACCAAGACAGAGAGAAUCAAAUUCCGAUUAAUUACUUAGAGAAUUUUCGAAGUAAUUUGCGACAAUAGUGCAAAUUUUGAAUACAUGUUGAUAAAUAGAUUAAUUAAGUAGAAGCCCAGUAUUAGUUUAAUAAUCUUUGAUUAAAUUUAAAAUAAAGCAUCCAAAGUUUUGAAUUCUAUAGAAAUAAUUUAUGCAUUGUUUGGAAAAUAUGUGAAGGUAAUAAAACCUGAUAGUUUAUUCAAAAUAGUUUGGGAUAUUAUAUUAUUGCUAUUUAUUGUGGUGAAUAUAUUUUACAUACCCAUAUAUAUAAGUUUUGAUGUGAGAUCAUCAGGAGCAUUUGAGUGGGUCUUUAACUUGUUGCCCUCAUGGAUAUUUAUUGCAGAAAUGUUGUUAAACUUCAACACUGCUUAUUAUGAUAAAGGAUUGAUGCACGAGGAUCGCAAAUAGAUAAUAAAACAUUACAUCAAGGGGAAUUUCUUUUGGGAUUUAAUAGUAAUAAUUCCGUAUCUUUUGUUAAACAUGGAUGUACCAUACGUUAGAUAUGCACUAUUGUUGAGACUAACCAGAUUAUCCUCAUUGAUGGCUAGCAUAGAGGAGGUUCUGAAUUUAGAAGAUAAUAUGCAAGUAUUUUUGGAUUUGCUAAAAUUAAUCUUCUUUCUCUUGCUAACAGGUCACUUUUGUGGUUGUGCAUGGCAUUGGGUAGCAGUGAUAGAAUAUGAAAAUUAUGGUGAGGAAUUAACUUGGUUGACCAGAUAUGACUCUAAUGCAAUGGAUUACUAUUGGUUUGAUAGAUACAUAAUUUCUUUAUAUUGGAGUGUUAUCACUACAAUUACAGUUGGAUAUGGUGACAUAGUCCCAGUAACGACAGUUGAGAGAAUAUUUGUAAUAGUUGUUACUUUACUAAUUUGUGGUGUUUUUGGUUAUUGUCUCUCCAAUAUAGGAAAUAUAUUUAAGUAAAUAUCUGAUAAAAAGAGUAUUUAUAAAUAGAAGAUAAGGGAAAUCAAUUCUCAUAUAAGAAAAAGAGGCUUGAGCUACAAAUUACAAUUAAAGGUUAAAAAGUAUUUCGAGUAUUUCUUUAAAAUUAAGUAAGAGGAAGAUUAACAUGCUGAAUAGUUUAUUGAACAAUUGACUAAACAUCUGAAGGAAGAAGUUCUUGUGGAUAUUUACAGUAAAACGUUAAACUAAUCGCGUUUCUUAAGAGAGAAUUUUAGCGAUUAAACUAUUCACAGAUUGUGUCAAGUAGUUAAAGAAACAAAGCUAUAUCCAGAAUAAUUAUUAUUCCAAAGAAAUGAUUCUCCUAAGGCACUCUGGUUUGUAUUGUCUGGAGCAGUUGAAUAUGUGGCUGACCAUUAAAUUGACGAUGAACAUUUCUAUACUGAAACCUUCUUGAAGAAACUAACGCAAGGGGCUGUUAUAGGAGAGCGAGAGUUCAUUUCACAAACACCAUAUGAAUAUAAUGCCAGGGCAACUAAAUUUACUUAGUUAUUAGUAGUAGAUUUCUAAUAAUUCUAUUUGAUUAUAUAAGAGAAUAGUGAGGAAUUCGAGAAGUAUAGCUUGGUUAAAGAUAAUCUACUUUUUAAUAGCAACUACAAAGCUUUUAGCUAAAUUUGUGAAAUAUGUGGUUGGACUCAUCGAUUCAUUCAAUGUCCAUUUGUAUUUUUGCAACCAAACAAAAAUAAAAUUGUGAGUUCCUUCACCUCAAACAAAACUAAUAGAAGACUGACCUUUCCAUAUAGAACCUUAAACAAAUAACAUUGGAAAAACACUCUACCUGAUGUCUAAGAAGCAGCCUUGGGCUACAUAGUCUUAAACAGUAUCGUACCUGAAAAAGAAAUAAAUGACGCUUACCUGAUUAAUUUAGGCUUUGAGAUGAGUGAGAAAGAUGAGGACCAGCAGAAGUAAGGUUAACCUAAAAAGAAUUCCGUCUUCAAAGAUUAAAAGGUUAUGUCUUAAUUCGAAAAUAAUCUAUAACAACCUAUUCCAUAACCUUCAAUCUAGAGUGUUAUACCUGCUGACCAAAAGUCUUAAAAUCAAACUGCAAUUUUUAUUAAGGAUGGUUAAAGACCUAGUGUUACAAAUGUACGAUUAUAUAACGAACAAUAUUUUUAGGAAAGUGUGAUAGAUUGGGAUUAAGGGAGUCAAUAUAAAAGAAGUCUUAAUCGAAUUAAAUUGCAAGUCAGAGAUAGAGGUAGGACUCUCUAAUCUACGAAAGGGAAGCUUCACUCAAAUUUGAAUGGGGCAGUUGAUAUAUUGGAUGAGUCAAUGGUUCAAGAGGAAGUAAAAAUACAUAAUGCGAAUGAUGGAUCACAAAAUUUUACACUUAAAAAAUUGAAAGUAGGCAAAAGCAAAUUCAACACAAAUCCAAAUGCGGUUGGAAUUCGAAAAGUUUCUUGGCUAGAAUUUGAUGGGGGCACAAAUCAGUUUCUAGAUAAUAAACCAAUCCAUUUAAUCAAACAAAUCAGUAAGGGUAGCAAGGGAAGUGAUUCUAAUUUCGACCAAUCGCCUCCCUCUUAUUCAUAGGAAUUAGAGAUCAAACAAAGAAUGGAAGCAAGAGAGAACAGUCUUAACUCCAAAAAGACCAGCAGUGUGGAUUUAGCUCGUAGGAAAAAAAGAAGAAAAACCACACAAUUAUUAUAAUUCUUAUAAGGAUAAGAAAUUGAUAAUAAGAAAGCUGAGAGGAGUCUUCUCAAUAAUGAAAUAUAUAGUUCGAGUAUUUACACAGCUGGGGCGCCUAGCAAUUUAGCUUUGGUUGAAUCCAAUAAUAAAUAAGAAAACUAAGUGGAAAGUAACAGUCUCCAAGUUGGAAACUCUGUAGAUGGAAUAUAAAAGAGGAUUUAAGAUAUCGUCAGAGUACAUUAUGAAAUGGAAAUGGAUGUUGCAAAAUCAUCAAAAAUCUAUUUCCCUGAUUUCAAUCUUGAUGUUGUCAUUUAAAGAAUUACUAUUUACUAUGAAAAAUUAAAUGAGUAAAAACAAGAAUUUGAUAUGAGAGAAUCGAAAAGAACUAAAACAAACCUAACCCUUCUAGAUCGCCUUAGAUAAGUAAAGAACACGACCAUUAAGACAAGCUACAUUGAUAAAGAAACAAAUUGAGCACAAGAUUGCCAUUAAUUUAAAACUAUGUACCUUAUUUAAAAAUUAUCAUUCUUAAUAACAUCAAUCCUUUAUUAAAUUUUCAAAUUUUAUUUAA